GUUUCCAAACUGGAGUGGGUGGUUAUAAAUACAAAAUAAAGUCAAAGUAAUCACCCUGUGUACACUCCUGCUCAUAUUUCACAUCACUAGGAGGCUGAUGACAAGAGAAAAACUUGAUUUUUUUUUUUUGUUCUUGUUGUACAUAACUGGACUUGUAAGUGUCUUAACUUUGUCUGUAGGCUACAGCAAAAUAAAAUAGCAAUAAACACAAUUAAACCGGACAAAAUAUAACCUUUUAGCCAUAAAAACACGAAAAAUCAAGGAAAAAAACAUCAGACAGGCAAAUCUCGUGGUCUCACGAAUCCAGCCGCUUCGCUUCUGAAAUGCUUCUGGUGUGAGUUGACACCUCGCAGAGGACGGAACAAAACCUUGCCGGAGCCGUAACGAGCCGCAGACGCAUGCAGUGUAAACAAGGGAAUUGUCUGAGGACACUGCCUCUAAAAUGAGCCUCCAUGACAAGAAAGAAUGUGAAUUCAGUGAUGCAACAGUGACCUCUGACCCCAGUAUCAGCAGGACGAAGAGAGAGAGAUCAGAGUCAGUAAAGACUAACAACUCUAUGACGGAACCCCUUAAAUUCAGUAAUGGACCAGUGACCUCUGAACCUCUGGGGGAGAUACAUGAGACUCACAAUCAGACUUACAUCAGGAAGGACAACACAGAAGCAUUCCUGCAGACACUCAAACUGGAGACUGGAGACCUGCAGCUAGUCAAAGACCAGCACAAAACCAGCAUGAAGAACAAGUAUGAGAGAUUAUUUGAGGGAUUGAAACUCCAGGAGAAUGAAACCCUCCUGAACAGGAUCUAUACACAGCUCUACAUCAUAGAGGGAGAGAGUGAAGGAGUGAAUAAACAACAUGAGGUUUUACAGAUGGAGAAAACAGCCAGAACACAACACUCACAAGACACUCCAAUCAACUGCAAUGACAUCUUUAAAGCCUCACCUGAACCAGGAUGUAAGGAGAAACACCAGAUCAAGACUGUUCUUACUAAAGGCAUCGCUGGAAUCGGAAAAACCGUUUCUGUGCAAAAGUUCAUUCUGGACUGGGCUGAGGAAAAAGACAAUCAGGAUGUAGAUUUCAUGUUUGUGCUUCCAUUUCGAGAGCUGAACUUGAUCCGAGAUCAUCAGUACAGUCUUCACAGACUUCUGCUGGACUUUCAUCCUGAACUUCAAGAUCUGGACUCAAAGAUUUAUGAGGAGUGUAAAGUUGUGUUCAUCUUUGAUGGUCUGGAUGAAAGCAGAAUCACACUGAUGUUUUCUGAUGCUGAGAAAGUUUCUGAUGUGACUGAGACUUCAUCAGUGGGUGUAUUGAUGUCAAACCUCAUCAGAGGAGAGCUGCUUCCCUCUGCUCACAUCUGGAUCACCUCCAGACCCGCAGCAGCCAAUCAGAUCCCCUCAAAAUACAUCAACCGUCUGACAGAGAUUCAGGGAUUCAAUGAGCCUCAGAAGGAGGAAUAUUUCAGGAGGAGAAUCAGUGACGAGAAUCAAGCCAGCAGAAUCAUCUCACACAUCAGAAGAGCAAGAAGCCUCCACAUCAUGUGCCACAUACCCGUCUUCUGCUGGAUCUCAUCCACUGUGCUUCAGAAGCUCCUGAAAGAAGAUCUGAGUGCAGAAAUCCCUCAAACUCUGACUGAAAUGUACAUCCACUUCCUGCUGAUUCAGAUCAACAUGAGGAAUCAGAAGUAUGAAGAGAGAGAUCCCGAGAAACUCCUGCAGUCCAACAGAGACGUGAUUGUGAAACUUGCUGAAGUGGCUUUCAAUCAGCUGAUGAAGGGUAAUGUGAUGUUCUAUGAGGAGGACCUGAGAGAGAGCGGCAUAGACGUCACUGAUGCCUCAGUGUAUUCUGGGAUUUGCACUGAGAUAUUUAGGGAGGAAUGUGUGAUUCAUCAGAGGAAAGUCUACAGCUUCAUUCAUCUGAGUGUUCAGGAGUUUCUUGCUGCACUUUAUGUCUUUUACUUUUAUCUAAGUACAACAAUGGAGGGACUGAAGAGUUUAGUUUCAGUACAAAAUCUGCUUAAAGGAGCAGUAGAUAAAGCCAUUGAGAGUGAAAAUGGACAGCUGGAUCUGUUCCUGCGGUUCCUGCUGGGCGUCUCAUUGGAGUCCAAUCAGAGACUCUUACAGGAUCUACUGACACACACAGACAACAGUUCAGAUAGCAUCAGAGAAACCACACAGUACAUUAAAGACAAGUUCAAAGAUGGACAUGGAGUCUCCGCUGAAAGAUCCAUCAAUCUGUUCCUCUGUCUGCUGGAAGUGAAAGAUCAGACUCUGUCCAGACAGAUUCAGGAGUUUGUGAAAUCAGACAAACACUCAGAGAAGAAACUCUCUCCUGCUCACUGCUCAACAAUCUCCUACGUGCUUCAGAUGUCAGAGGAGGUGCUGGAUGAGCUGGACCUCAAGAAAUACAACACAUCAGAUGAGGGUAGAAGAAGACUGAUACCAGCUAUGAUCAACUGCAGAAAAGCCCUUUUUGCUGGCUGUAAUCUCACCGAACAGUCAUGUGAAAUUGUGACAUCAGCUCUUCAAUCCUCAAACUCUGUCCUGAGAGAGCUGGACCUGAGUAACAAUGACCUGCAGGAUUCAAUAGUAAAGCUGCUCUCUGAUGGAUUGAAGAGUCCAAAAUGUCAGCUGGAGAUACUGAGGUUGUCUGGCUGUAUGGUGACAGAGGAAGGCUGUGGUUAUGUGUCUUCAGCUCUGAGAUCAAACCCCUCACACCUGAGAGAGCUGGAUCUGAGCUACAAUCACCCAGGACAAUCAGGAGCCCAACUGCUUAAUGACAUUCUGAAGGAUCCAAACUACAAACUGCAGAUACUCAAUUUGGAUCAUGGAGGGCUCUUCAGGAUCAAAUCAGGAUUACAAAAAUAUGCCUGUGAUCUCACACUGGAUCCAAACACAGCGAAUAUUCACCUCAUUCUGUCUGAAGAGAACAGAAAGAUUAAAUAUGUGAAAGAUUGUCAGCCGUAUCCUGAUCAUUCAGAAAGAUUUGCUCAUAAUCCUCAGGUUCUGAGUCGAGAGAGUCUGACUGGACGCUGUUACUGGGAGGUUGAACGGGUCUCCUGGGCUCGUAUAGCAGUGGCCUACUCAGGAAUCGACAGGGAAGAAGAGACUGUCUGUUGGUUUGGAUACAAUGACAAAUCCUGGUGUCUUUUCUGCACUGAUAAUGGAUUUGUUGUCUGGCACGAUAACGAGAGCAUUAACAUACCGAGCCAUUUAACAAAAUCUAAGAGAGUAGGAGUGUAUCUGGACUGGCCGUCCGGCACUCUAUCCUUUUACAGCGUCUCUGACACACACCCACCAACACACUUACACACAUUCAACACCACAUUCACUGAACCCCUCUAUGCUGGAUUUGGGGUUUUUAAGUCUGAACUGUCACUGUGUCAGAUUCAACAAACAUAGGCUUAAAUGCCAAGGCAGACAGGAGUACAGAUGCAAUGGAGUACUGCUGUAACACUGAAUAUUUCCCUUCUCAUGCAAGUUGCACACAGAUGAUGAAUGUAUAUUUACAUUCACACUGGCGUGGGGACAGUUUCAGAAAAAAAAAAAAAAAAAAAAAAAAACAUUAUUAAUGUCCACUUUUAAUAUAUGGAAACAAGUCACUCAACAUUUCCACAAUCAUGCCACCACUUUGUUUGUGCCAGUCAACUACAUACAAAUCAGUGUAAUCUGAUGUCUUAUUUAUUUACUGAUUUAUUAAUUCAUUGUAUCUAUUUAUUAAAUAUCACUUUUAAAUUUAUAAGUUAAAAUAAUUGAAUAAUUUGAUGAAUGAAUAAUUACGCUUAUUCUCUCUCAUUUGGCCUGAUUAGGUGGGCAGAUCACAGUGUCUCUCACUUAUUCCUUUAUAGAACGGGAAGAAAGCUGGGCUCAGUUUAAAAGUUAGAAAUGCACACAAAAGAAACAAUUACAUUAUUUUCCUAACAUUUAUUGUGUUAUUCUUUAAAGUAAUAUAAAUUAAGGUUGUAGCAAUAUAGUAAAUGAAAAAUGUAGUACAUGUAAAAUGUAACAAAAUGUUGUAAAAUGCAAAUGGUUAAAGUUAUUAUAUCUAUUCCAUAAUAAAAGAACAAUU